UUGCUGUCAUCAUAUCAACACAUCUUCACAUGCACACAGCAGGCUAACUGAGUACUCAUCUAAUGAAUUAACACCGCUUUAUAUCCCACCCAGCUUAAGGAAUAACAUGAACGGACAUUUCAAGUGUUUCUGAAGUACGACACACAUCUGGUGUCAGGACAUCACGAUUCUGGGAUAACAUCAACUUACUAACAUCACCUUUUGAAGACUGUAUGUGGAAUGGCCCGACCAGAGAUGGAAAGCAGGGUGGACGAUCAUAACUCUGGCACACCGAACAGCUGCAGGAUGGAGGUGUUGCGUCAGGACGCAUGGCCGAACGGCAGCAUUAUCCAGUCCUGCCACCGACACCGAACCAUUGCCACUCAAACCAGCACUCUCUCUGCACCACAACCCCACAUCCCCUCACAUGAUGCCUUCAGCUCGGACAGCGUCCAGCAGCAGGACAGUCUACUCAGGGACAAUACAGGAACAGAACAGGAAGUGUCCAGGCCUCUUCCUCUGCCAGAUCUGCUAGCAGACAACCAGAGCUCCUCAGAGGAGUCCACGUCCAGCAACAGCUCGACCGCUGAGGACGACCCCACACUGGAGGAGCAGGCUGUGGAGAGGGUGGCCGUACAACUGAGGACUAUCGGGGACGAGAUGAACGCUGUUUUCCUUCAGAGGAAUGCCGUCCCACACUGGCAGAACUGGAGAGGCCUGUACCGGGGGCUCAUGGCGCUGGUCUCGGACACCAUCAAUGCCCUCUACCAGCACGGCCUCAGAUGAACACACGGGUUACAAAGGAUGGGACGAGUGCAGGCGCUCUUCUUUCCAACACUUACAGACUCUGGGAUUCUUCUGCGGGAUCAGACGCCAUGUUUGUUUCUUUAUCUGUGUUUGUUUGUUUUUUUUUCAUAAAUGUAGCAUAUAGUGACUGAAGCGUGUGUCCCGGGAUAGACUUCAGUUAGGAGUACGUGGCAAAUUAGUGACCUCCUUUGCAUUUUAAACUGGAGUGCUGGAGGUUACAUGACACCGGGUCGCUCUUAAACAAACACACUGAGCCCAGAAGUGCUUUAUAGGUAACGGGUUUUCCUCUCCGCUGCCUUACAGGAGCAAUAACUGCGCUGUACUAUCAGUCACCAAUGGCGCAGGACAAGCACUCGCACAAUAUUGAAAUCUCAAUUCUGUCAUCGUUUACGCACCUUGUAAGUUUCAUUCAACACUCGUGAGUUUGUUCAUUUUCAGAACACAUGAAUCAUUAUCAUUAUCAGUAUUUUACAUUAAUCAUAGUGUAGGAUAUAUGGUACUCUUUCCUCCCAUAAUGUAUAUUUUAUAGUGAAGAAUAUUUUAUAGUGUACAUCAAAACGUUGACUAAUAUCCAUCCAUUUGGUUAGCCAUUUAAUACAGGCUCAUAGGAAACUCUAAUAUGCUCAGUUCUGACUCCAUAGGUCAAGCCUAAAUAAACGCUACAGUGAGUUUUCACUAUCUUUGAACUCAUUAUGGAGCCAGAUCAGUCUAAAAAAUAAUAAGCUUACAAAAUAUAAUUCAUACAUCCACGACACAAUACACAUUUACAAAAUUACAAUUCGUAAAUUGAAUACAUGAUUAAAAAAUACGCAAAUCCUAUUUAUAAAUUCAAAACACGACUCAUAAAUACUCAA